AUUCCAUUUUGAUUUAGCUAGAAUGUUUUUUUUAGCGUAUCUCUUUCUACGGAAACCAGGCCUGGGGCGAGCGGGCUGGCUAAGAGGUCAGCUACCACGUGGGGCGCCCUCAUUGCUAAGGACUAACCCCUUUCCCUUGAGAGGCGGAGAGAGGGCGGGGCUAGCGCGGCAACAUUCCUUCGGCGUUGUCUUGGAGACAACAGACAAGCUUCUUUUGGCGGUUGUGGCUCGACCCACGAAAGCUCGUCUCGGACUUGCGCGUUGCGCGCUGCUUAGAGGAGAGAGCCGGCCAACUCCGCGAGUUCUGUUCCUGCCAAAGGUGCGACUGACUGGCCGCCAAGAUGCCUUCGGUGGGGCGAGUGACCCAGGUUCAGAACGGGAAAGUCUACCAGCAGAUCUUCGAGGCCCAGGUGCAGCUGGUCCGCUCCCUGGCAGCCAGCAGGAAGCGGGCUGUGGAGCAUUCUAUGGGCCCGAAGAGCGGCAAGACGCCCUUGAUGAAGAAGGUGGAGGUGCCCGAAGGAGAGAUGCUGUCUCCUCGGCAGCAGAAAUGGGUGCACAGCCUGCCCAACGACUGGGUCACAGAAAACCCUGUGCUCUACAGGGAAAAGAAAGCAGCCAAGAGGGAAAAGUCCUGCGAGAGCGAGAGCACAGUCGCUGCCCGGGAAGUCCGGGGCCUCAGGGACACCAUUGUUCCUGAGAAGAUAAGCACCAUCACCCUUCAAGGGCGAGGAGACUACAAAAGGAAGAGCUACGAGAACGCUUUGGUGAACUUUCAGGAGGAGAUCGAGCAGAUUGGGAUGGAAAUGGAACCUCUCAUCUUGGAGUCGGGAACCCUUUUUUUGAGAAAGCUGGCUGAGUGUGAUGAAGACAUUGAUCAUCUCUUCACAAAGGUGGAAAACGACUCCGACCUCCAGGAGUAUACCAUCCAAACUCUGUGGGAGCUGCGGGAUAAGGUGGCUGAGAAGUGCCUGCUCCGGAAGCAGUGGGUUAAGGAGCUGGAUGAAACUCUGCACUCGCUUGAGUUCUCGAGAGCUGAUAAACUUAAAGAUGUGUUGAAGAAGUAUGUGGAAAUCAUUGAGAAAACUUCCUACCUGAUGCAACCUGAUGUAUAUAGACUGAUAAAUAAAGAAGCCAUGAUCAUAAACCAGGCCCUGCUGGGCAACCGGAGGGCCAUUGCUCAGCUGUUCCUCAACCUGAUGGAGGCCACCCUGCAGCAGGAGGUCAGCAACCACCACCGCUGGCAGGACCUAGUGGACACCUGGAAGGCUCUCAAGAAGGAGGUUCUGGUGCAGAGUUUCAGUGAGUUCAUGGCCAGUGAGAGGAUCCAGUCUCCUCCAGCCGUGAAGAAGGAGCUGGAGGCCAUGCUGAAAACCCAGAAAGCCAUGCAGUGGAAACGACUGGAGCACCUCUACAUGUUCUGUGAGCUUCUGCCCCCUGCUUACAGCCAAGAUCGGCUGACUGAAUGGUAUUCUUCUCUUGUCGCCCUGAAUAAGCAGCUGGACACCUACCACGUGGACUGCAUGAUGCGAAUCCGCCAGCAGUACGAGAAAACCUGGCAGGAGUGCCUGGCCCAGGUGCAGAAGUGCAAGAAUCAGCUGCUGGACUGGAAAGCUUUCACCGAGGAGGAGGCAGGGAACCUGGUGAGCCCGUCCUUCUUCCAGAUGGUGGGUGUGCUGCAGAGCAAGGUGGAGGAGGAGCUGGAGUUCAUGGAUAACUCCUUCGAGGUCCUGGCAAAGCAGACGGAGCGGCAGAGCCUGGAUCUCUUUAGGUACUUCCAGGAUGCUGUACAGCUGUGGGAGGCCCACUGGAGCGUGCUGUCGGUGCAGGAGCUGGAGCUUGAGAAGAGAAUGGAGCAGCAUCGGCAGAAGCAGAGCCAGGAGAACCAGGCCCAGGAAGCCAACCUAGAUAAGCUUUUGGACCAACUGAGGCAACAAAGCCAUGAGCAAACACUGAGGAAUCAGCUGGAAAGGGUCAAAGAAUUCCUGAAGAACAUGAAAUUAAGGUAUGAAAGUUUUCACUGCAUCCUGACAAAAGAAGUGAUGGAAUAUCCAGGAAUGAUACUGAAAGAGCUCAAUUCCUACAGCUCCGCCCUCAGCCAACACUUCUUCGUUCGCGAGAUCUUUGAACAGAACCUGGAUGGGGAAGUCUUUUUCAGACUCAGGGAACCAGAAACCAACGAAAAGCGCUUUCAGGAGAGAGAGCGAAACCUGAGGAGAAAACAAAGCGCUACCGGUGAAAGAAGCAAAAACGAGGAAAGCCUAAGUAGAGGGGCAAGUUCCCCCAGGCCAGAAGAAGAGAUGGAAGAGAUGGAAAGAGAAAAAUAUCAAGAAACCAACCCCUUCGUAAAUGAAGAGAUGCUGAGCCAGCCAGAAAAAUCUGUUCUGUUUGACAAGAGGGCUGAGUCCAGAGAGGGCUCUAUUCAAGGGUUAGAGGAGACACAGGUUCACAGAGAGAACACCUCAAAACCAUUCCUGACUGAGGAAAACAUCAUGGCUCAGGAAGAGGAGGAAGAGGGCCUAGAGGAGGAGGAGGAGGAGAAGGAGGAGGAGGAGAAGGAGGAGAAGGAAAAGGAAGAGGAGGAGAAGGAGGAGGAGGAGGAGGAAAACCAGGAGGAGGAAGAGGAGGAGGAGGAGGAGGAAAAAGAAAAGAAAGAAGAUGAGAGUGCAUCCGCAGACGAGGCCAGCGCCAAGGAGGACAUGGAGUCCUUCACGACUUCCAGUGGGAACACAUAUUUCGUCUUCCUGCCCCUGGAAGAAAAAGAGUGUUGCAGGAGGCCCCAUUCCUACCACUCGGCCACGCUCUCCAAGGACGCUUGCGAUGCCAAAUUCUUACAACAUGUGAUCAUUCCAUCCAGCCUACUUUCAGAAAUUAAGAAGAAGCUGCGACUUGGCUUUUUUGAGCACCUUGAGAAAUGGUUUGACCAGUGUGCCAUCAACGUCCGGGUCAUUGUGGCCACCAAGCUUGAGGAGCUGGAGUCGGAGCUGGAGCUGCGUCUGCACCUGCACCAGCCCAGAGCCCAGCACAUUGAAAGAGACAUCCAUAACGUCAGGGCAGCUGAGCUCUUGCUUCACCAAGAGCGGUUGAACAGUCACUGUGCCGGGGUAGUCGAGGCGCUGAAGAAGGAGAGGCUGAUGUUCUGCCAGUUCCAAGAGGAGCAAAACACGCGGAGCAAAAACUUCCGCCGCAAGAUUUAUGACAUGGAGCACAUCUUCUUGAAUGCUUCGAGGAGCCACAAGUUGGUCAUUCUCAGCAGCACACUGCACAGGGAGCUGCUUAGCUACGUAGACGUCAUCCAGGUGUCCCUGCGCAGCUUCCGGCAGUACUUGGAGGAAAGUCUGGGAAAGCUCCGCUAUACCAACAUCGAGUUUGUCAGGCACUGCAGAUUGUUUUCGGAGGGAGGCAACUUCUCUGCUGAAGAAAUCGACUCACUGUGUAGUAGGCUGGAGAAAGAAGCCUCCCGGAUAGAGUUUGUUGAAAGUUUAAUAAUGAUCAACAUGGAGAAGAUGGAGAGCGAGUACCUGGACCAGGCCAAUGAUGUCAUUAAUAAGUUUGAAAGUAAAUUCCAUAAUCUGUCUGUGGACCUCAUUUUCAUAGAGAAAAUCCAGCGAUUGCUGACAAAUCUGCAAGUGAAUAUCAAGUGCGAGGUGGCAAAAUCUAAUUUGCAAGCAGAUGAAUUAAAUUCUUCUCUGGAGCAACUUCAAAGCAAGAUAGAGACCUGUCGAAACUCAAGAGAUAAAACUACAGUGACCACAGAUGAUGUCCUCAGCUUUGUCCGAAGCUGGAUCACAAAAGUGAGCAAGAGGAUUCAAUACCUCAACUGCAGCCCGGACCUGGUGACCGUGACUCAGGUGGUCUUUACUGACCACAUCAUGACUGAACCAGAGGUGGAGAGUGACAUCUUGGUGUCAUCAGAAGUCCUUGAAGAAGAUGCCAAGGUGGACGUGGUCACCCCGGAGUCCUUCGCCCAGCCGAGCCGCAUGGGGAAGUCCAUGAUUGAGGACCCAGUCGUGGAGGUGGUCAAAAGGAUCCUGCAACUUCCUGACACAAAAUCCUCAGGCCAUUUGUGUGAAAAAGAUCGGUCUCAGACAGGCUUCAAGCGACCUGGGCGCCAGGGGGAGAACUCCCUGAAGAAGGCCUUGUCCGUUGCCAGUGCCAUCUCCGUAGGGAGCUUUAGCCGGUACUCCAAGCACAACCGAAUGGACAAGAAGUACCAGAUACUUGGGGAGAAGUCGCCUCCUCCAGCCCAGCAUUUUAAAGGGAUCAUCCUGACCCUCCUCUGGGAGAGCAAAGAGCUGCUGUUGACUGUCAUCGAGGAGUUUUACCGCAAGGAGAGGCGCCCAGUCACCAGGCCUGACUGCAUGUAUGAAACCUUCGACCAGUGUGCAGAGAGCAUCGGAAAGAAGAUCCUGGAGUACCAGAGCCAGACAGAUGAGUACCACAACUCCUGCCUCAUCGAAUUACGAGUUCAGCUGAGAAGAUUUGAGGAGCUGCUGCCCCAGGUGUGUUGGCUGGUGACAGAGAAUUUCAAGGAGUACUACUGGAGAAGGUUUUCCUCCUCCAUGAAUGAGAUUUGGGGGCAGUUCCAGGAGCAAUUGAAACAGCUAGAGAAAGCUAAGGAUGAAAAUGCCCAGAAGCUCCAUCCAAAUCUUGGACACCCAACAAAUUUCCAAGAAAUGGAGUCUCUAUGCCAACUGGAAGAGAGAAGGCAGGAAGAGCUGGAUAGAGUGAUUGAGGCAAACAAGGAGAAGCUGGAGGAAUUCGCCAGGAAAUAUGGCCGGUUUUUCAUAGCCAACCUAGCCAACUUCACUGAGAAAUUCCUGCUGCAGUUGGAUGAGGUGAUCACCAUCGAUGAUGUCCAAGUUCCACGGAUGGAGCCUCCCAAGCAGAAUACAUCAAUCCUCAUAAGGAGGAAACUCGCUGGGCUCUCCCUGGAGGAAGAGCGAGAGAAACCCCUGAUUGAACGAGGGAGCAGAAAGUGGCCAGGAAUCAAACCCACUGAAAGCUCCAUCCAAAACAAGAUUCUCUUCCGGAAAACGACAUCCACAACCACCACCAAAACAACCCUGGGCCACCUGGCAGCCGUGGAAGCCCGAGAUGCUGUUUACCUGAAAUAUUUAGCCUUAUUUGAGGAGGAGAUGAAGAAGAUCCAGAAGGACAGCAUGUCGCAGGUGAAGGAGGCUCAGCGCUGGAAGGACAGCUGGAAGCGUUCCGUGUGCACCAUCCAGGGCCUGUACUUGUGAUGCCCUCCGGCCCCAGAGGCUGGGCCACCCCAACCCCAAAUAAAGGCUCACUUUGUAUGAACUCAGCUUCUGGGGAUUCAUUCACUCAUUCACCCUAGCAUCUACUGCAGUAUAAUUUUUGUACCAGCUGAUUCAUUGGCCAUCCCAGAAUCAGUAAUACUUGAUUCCCUUGCUUCAAGUAUUAGUUCCCCCACCUCCAUCUCCCACCCUACGACUGGGGCCUAAGCCGGCUGACAGCUCUUAACAUCUGCACCCUUGGAAUCAUUCUUAUUUCUGGGCCCUGUCCAAGGCUGAACUGUGUGACCCUUACCUCACAAGAGGGCAAAGGUGACUUCUUGGAUAGUCAAGGCCCUCCCCUGUUGGUUCUGUGACCUCUCUCUAAACAAAAUCUCUUUAAGCCUCCAUUAUCUCCUGUUCUCCAGUGUUCUGUGGCCGUGUGGGCUCUACAGCUUUCGGAUCAACCCCUUCUGGGGAUUAGCCCCUUUCAGCUGACUCACCUUGGAGGCCUUUGUGGGCAGAUUAGGGGGUUUUGCUUAAUCAGCACAUCCUUAGCUUCGCCAGGGCCUGGGUGUUAGCAGGGUGUGGGCAAUCUCUUCCUUUUGUUUUUUGUUUUGUUCUAUUUUUUCUGCUUACUCAGUUAAAACAAAUCCAGUUGUCUAGAAAUUUCUCUGCAUUUGUUCAUGAGGGAAUAGCUGGCAAGAGAGCGAUUAUGAUGUGAAUGAUUAACCAAAAGUAGAUCUACCCAAAGACUCCUCUUGCCAGUGGUCCAUAUUUACAGACCUUGUGUAAGUAGAAGUCCCCAGGAGCCUGAGUUCCAUCCACAGACAGCGCUUUGAAUAUGUUGUUUAGCUUCAAAAAGGAGUAUUGCUAAAAUUAUUCGUGAAUAAAUAACUCAGGGAUGAAUAAAAUAUAAACUCUUUUCAGUCGUUCAAAAGGGAGAUGUGGACUGGAGGGAAUGAGUGUACCGUCUCAUUAGGGGGAGAGCAAUUAGGAGUAUAUAGCAAGGUGUGUAUAAAUUUUUGUAUGAGAGACUGACUUGAUUUGUAAACUUUCACUUAAAGCAUAAUAAAAAUUAGAAAAAAAAAAAAAAAAGGGAGAUGUGACAGAAUUAUUUCCUGUGCUCUCCUUCACUAUAACUGAAGUGAGAGGUAUUCUAGAAGCUGAGGUAAAUGAGCAGCCACUUCCUGGUGGGAGCUUCAAGGAAGGCUUCCCUGGAGAGGAACUAUGUGAGACAGGGAAUGAUGGCACAGCUGAGUCACUGCAGUACAUAACGUGACAGAAAUGAGAGGUUGUGUGUGGGGGGGAGGGGGCUACGAUAUAAAGAAAAAUGUUCCGACAGGAAGUAAGAUGAGAGCAACCAGAGGUCUCUAAAAUUGCCGCUCUAAAAUUUGGAGGGAGAUGUGAGUACUGUGCUCCCUUAAAUAAUCAGCUAUGAGACCAAGCAGUCAACAUUUAUCCUAAAGCAAAGAUGAGAAGGUAAGGAGGGGACGGGAAGCUAGAUGCAUGGAAACAGAACAAACGGAAUGGAAAUCAUGAAAAUGCUGGCACGUUGUGAAAGAUGUAACCGAUGUCAGGGAACAAUUUGUAUAAAAGUUGUUAAAUGGGAAUAAUUUGCUGUGUAAACUUUCACCUAAAACACAAUAAACUAUUAUUAAAAAAAAAAUUUGUGGAGGGUGAAAAGAGAUGUUUGUAAAGCUACCUGUGGUAACUGUGAAAUCCACAAGGCUCUGAGAGGAAGGCGAGGCAGUCUAUCUUUCUUGGGCUGUAUUUCAAAGACUCAAAAGUCUAUCAGGUGAGAAAAACCCCAAAUGAGCUAUGGAUAUGUUCUUGGAGCAUAGUUGCUGUCUCCCCCUCAUUCUAAAUGGUGCUUGCUGAACUGAAGGGAGGGCAGGAGAUAGGGAAGGAGAUUCAUCUUAAACAAUAGCACUGGCCCUGUCUGCCUUGCAUAGGUGGUAUGGACAAAAAUGCAUGAAAGGGUUUAGAUGGAAGCUUCACACUGGAACCAUUUCCACUUUUCUCAGUCUAGGAUAAGCUGGCAACAAACCCAUCUUCCUUCCUCAUAUCUGGGCCUUGAUUUACACUCUCUCUGCAUGAGAAUCUCCCUCUUGUGAAGUAUCUGGAAAGCCACAGAUUACCUGCCAGGCUGCUGCCUACAGCCAGGCAGGGCUGUACUGAUC